CCGAGGCGCGCGCCCGUGCACCCGCCUCCUGGUAGGCUCGCGCCUCGAGUCGCCUGGUCGCUGGGUCUCUCGGUCCCUCUGCCGUGAGAAGGACGCUCUGCAGACUCGGCGCCGGCCAGCUCCCCCUCCCGCGUCACUGCGACCGCCGCGACGAAGAUGGCUUCCGGAGUGCAAGUUGCAGAUGAAGUAUGUCGCAUUUUUUAUGACAUGAAAGUUCGGAAGUGCUCCACCCCAGAAGAAAUCAAGAAAAGAAAGAAGGCCGUCAUUUUUUGUCUCAGUGCAGACAAAAAGUGCAUCAUUGUAGAAGAAGGGAAAGAGAUCUUGGUUGGAGAUGUUGGUGUAACCAUAACCGAUCCUUUCAAGCAUUUUGUGGGAAUGCUUCCUGAAAAAGAUUGUCGCUAUGCUUUGUAUGAUGCAAGCUUUGAAACCAAGGAAUCCAGAAAAGAGGAAUUGAUGUUUUUUUUGUGGGCACCAGAACUAGCUCCUCUGAAAAGUAAAAUGAUCUAUGCAAGCUCCAAGGAUGCAAUCAAAAAGAAAUUUCAAGGCAUAAAACACGAAUGUCAAGCAAAUGGGCCGGAAGACCUCAAUCGGGCUUGUAUUGCCGAAAAGCUAGGUGGAUCCUUAAUUGUAGCUUUUGAAGGAUGCCCUGUGUAGACCAUCAUUCAGUGCCACAAAUCGAAAGCUUCCAUGUUUAAUAUUAUCCUCUUGCUAUAUAAGUAAAGCAAAUAUGUUUAGGCCAGGGUCUCACAGAGGGGGAGCUGUCUUGUCAUCUGUUAAAGUAAACUAAAUAUUCUAUAAACGUGCAGAUGGCCCUAAAUAAAUGUAAAAUCUAAAGUUUUA